UAGUACGAAAGGUCCUAUGCUUGAGAGCACUCCAAGCAGAGCUCCCUAGCAGUAGAUUGCUGCACUUGCUCUAACAAAAGAACAAGAAUCGGAAGCAAGGACGAUGGCGAUCGAGGAGGAGGUCCCUCCUCCGAAGCCUCCGUCAAGUCCUUCUUCUAUUGAUGGUAGCAGUCAAAGGAAGACAAAGCCUGGAACCAAGCGCCUCUUUCUAACCCUCUCCGUCCUCCUCUCUUUCCUCUCAGGCAUCCCCUUUCUCUUGAAAUCCACCGAGAUCCACCGCUCCCCUCUCCCCUUCGCCGGCGCCAUCUCCUCCCGCCAAAACCUCUCAUUUCCGUGCCGAUUCCACGCCGUCUUUCUCCCCUCCUCCUCAUCCUCAUUCUCUCCCCCCCAAGCCCUAGCCCGCAGCCUCCUUCAAUCGACGUCCUCGUCGUCAACCUGCAGCAGCGUCACGAUCUCAGUCACUGUGGAUUCCCCCGGCGGAUGCGAAUCCACUGAAGAUGGCAUCUGGAAGUGCGGUGCUCGCAACGGCAUUGAAUUUAGUGGAGAUGUCGACGAUGAUGCUGUGGAUGAGCUGCUGGAUUUGAGAAUUGGCGCCGCCGCUAGGAUUUACACUGUGGUCGUUGCGGUGAAAGAGGAGGAGGUGAGAGUGGUGGUGGGCAAGCACCGGCAUGCCUGGAUUGUGGGGAGGGUAUCAGAGGAGGCGGCUGUGGAGAUGGUCUCCGAGAUCUUUGCGAAGAUGUUUAUGAGAGGUGGGAGGGAGGAGAAUAAGGAGGAAGAGGAUUUCAUGCCGGUUGGAUUGGAUGGGAACCUCGUACUUUCACUCAGCUUGUUGAAUGCCGGUCCCAAUGAUUGGGUUUAUGAUUGGGAGAUGCAAAAGGUUGAAAAGCUUAUUCUGGCUCCUGUAGUGGAGGCUUUAGCACCUAUAGCCAACAUAAGAACAGAAAGUCAGGUUCUGUACCAUACUCCAAAGUCAUCGAUAUCUAGUUGGGAUGACAAUUUGAGCAGCUAUGUCUUUAGUACGAGGGAUCUUCCUUUUUUUGUAAAUUCAAACGAGUGGCAUUUGGAUACAUCUGUUGCUGUUACUGGACGAUCAAAAGUUCUACAAUUUGUGGUGUAUGUGCCAUCAGUUGAUGAAUGCCCACUCCUCCUGCGGCUUCCAAAUGGAGAUACUUCCAAGACCAAUGGGUUUAUAUCACCAAUGUGGGGAGGUGUUGUUGUAUGGAACCCACCGAACUGUUCUAGGAACUCUCUGUUGACACAACUCACCAGGAAUAUGAUUUCCCCUGAGGAGAUGCAGAAGAUUUUUCAGGUUUUCGUUGGGCAACUACGCCUUCUGUUUGGUUUUAAAUCAGAUUACUCUCAUGUAGUUGGGGGUCGCAAAUUCAACUUUUUACCAAGUGUAAGAGGCUUUACAGAAUGGGAGUUGGAUGUUCUAUAUCGGCAUCAUGCAUGUUCUAAUCUGAUUUCAUGCACCUCUACACUUGAAUCUCUUUCUAAGUUGGUUCAAUCACUUCCGAGAAUGAUUGUUAAAGAUGAAAUAGGAAAACAGAGCAGCUUGGCUCGCCACAUGCUUAAAAACAGCUAUGUAUUUGUUCUCAUCUCUUUUUGUAAUGGUACUUACCAUGUAGUUGUUUGUAAAUAGUUUCUUCCUUAACAACCUUACCUCAUGGUGGAUAUGCAAUUGCAGGCAGAAAAGGCCAAUGGAACCGUUCCCCAGAUAAAAGUGAAUGGAAUCUGGUUACACCUAUUAGAUUUAACUGUAGGUCUAGUUUGGCCCCUAUUGUCAGGGGAGCAAACUACCUUUUCAGGAGAUCAUUUCAUGCCGUAUGCUUCUUAAUUUUAUUAUAGGCUGGAAUCGACACCUUCGGGUUAGAACUAUUAGAUUUUGCAGAAAACUUAUCCAUUUGUGAUCAGUCAGAGUCCUUCACAGAAGUGGGUAAAAAGGUUAUGUUUGCAAAAGAGCCUUGAGAUGUCUUCGUGGGUAGCCAUGCCACUCAUGUCCUUCAGAUGCAUGCUGGUGUUAUCCUUCUCCAUUGGAGGUGGGUAGUGGGCAUAAGAACUUUAGAUCACUGAUGACAUUAGACAUGACUUAUCGACAAGGUUUAUCAUCUAGGCUUCUUGUUAAUGUUUGUGGUUUUUUUCUAGGUUGUCUAAGUACACAAGAACUUUAGUUCUCUGGUGAUGCAGAUAUAACUGCCCAUGAAUAUCCUUUAAAACGUGUGAUUAACUGUUGACUCUAUAAAUGGCUUGUAGACUAGGCAUAGACUCUUGCAGGAUACCCGCUGAAUCAUUGAUGCCUAGACACAUUCAGUAUCCCAGCCACUAAGUAAGUUUGAUUGACCUCUACAAGUGUAUAGGCUCACAAUUGGGUUUAUCAGUCUAUCAAGACCCUGUUCUAGCCCAACUAUGGAUGUAUUGCUUUUUCCCCUGCUUCUCUGAGUUCAUCUAUUUUUAAUGCUGUUACAUAGACUUUUGAGGCUAGACUAUUGCAGUUUGGUAUAAUUAUAAUAAUAUGGGUAUAGUUUGUAUGGUGUAUGCUCAUAAGUCAUGUGUAGCAUAUAUUGUGUGUAAGAGAUAGUGGGCAACUUAUUUGUAUUUUAGCCAGUUAGAGGGGUCAUUGGUAAUUUGGGGUGGUGGUAAUUUAAACCCCCAACAGCUACCACACACAACAACAAAGCCUUUAUCCCCCUUUGUUGUGGGGGUUGGUUGGUUACAUGAAUCCUGAAAUAAUUUCCUCUUUAGUUUAAACUUUCUUAUCCUAUUGAUAGAAUUCAAGGGUAUCUCGACCUCCCCUACAAGGUUAGCAGCUCCUUCCACAGCUCUGUUUCAUUAACUCUUAUGUCACUAAAGUAUGAUCUUAUCUAGAGCUUUUUGACAUGAUGUGUUUUAUGAUUACUAAAGAUAUAAAUGGCAUUGCCUUCAUAAAGAAACUUUUAUUAUAGGAGCGAUAGCCCUAGGAACUCUAUUCUGUGUAGAGUACUUGAAUCAUCUAAACACCUCCUUUAUGAUGUUAGCAUUCCCAAUGCCCACUACCUGGUUAAUCAGAUACAUAUAUUUCUUCCAUGCUGCAUGUCAAAGUUGUCCUCGUAUGUCUCAGUUUUCUUCAGAGGGCCAACUUAUAUAGAUAAAAAGCUUAGUCAUAUACGGCAUUUUGUGUCCGGAGAUAUGCUGCUGUAGAGAUGGUUUGACGGACCACAGAAGCUCUCCU